AUGGGAGCUCUGGACUCUCUUUCCGAUUUCGUGCACGACUUCUUCGCAGUCGCCAAGCAGAAGAGGAAGCGCAAGCCUCUCCAGGUACGUACGUACUACCUGGUCAUAAAUUUUGGUUAUUUUGUUGCACGUCGUCGUCGGCUGGGUUUGUUGAUUCUUCUUCUUCUUUCUUUUCUUGUUGGGGUUAAUUCGCAGACGGUGGAGAUCAAGGUGAAAAUGGACUGCGACGGCUGCGAGAGGAAAGUCAGGAACGCUGUCUCCCACAUGAAAGGAGUGAAAUCGGUGGAAGUAAUCCGGAAGCAGAGCCGGGUGGUGGUGACGGGACACGUGGAGCCGAACAAGGUGCUGAAGAAGAUACUGAGGACGGGGAAGAAGGCCGAGUUCUGGCCCUACGUCCAGUACAACCUCGUCGCCUACCCUUACGUCGCCGGCGCCUACGACAAGAAGGCGCCCUCCGGCUACGUCAGGAACGUCGUCCAGGCGCUCCCCAACCCUUCCGCACCCACCGGCGCCGGCGAGCACUUCACCACCAUGUUCAGCGACGACAACCCAAACGGUUGCUCCGUCAUGUAGAAAUAAGAAAUUGCUUUUUUUUUGUUAUAUAUAUAUAUAUAUA